UUUACAAAUGAUGGAGGACAUUUGAGGAUCGUCGUGCAAGUCGGAUUUAACCUUUAUGGACAAAAGCUGUUGUUUCUGAGCCGGUGGAGGAUUUAUUUUUUUUUUCUCUGUUAUAAAUUGUUGUUGUUUUUUUAAUUUUUGUUUUAAUUUUUUUGUUGUUGUACCAUUCUCUCUUCGUCUGUGUGAAUGAGCUGACAGCAUGGGGAUACUGCUAUUAUUUGCUGUCUUGCAAGUGGCGGCAGUCGGUUUGGUCACUGCAGGCUGCCCAGUGGUUUGUGAGUGUCCGGCAGGGCCCCCGUCCUGCCCCCCAGGGGUGAGCUCAGUCCCGGACGGCUGCGGCUGCUGCAAGGUGUGUGCUGCCCAACUCAACCAGGACUGCCACGAAGGACGGCCCUGUGACCACCAUAAAGGCCUGGAGUGCAACUAUGGCAACGAUGUGGGCCGUACCCAUGGCAUCUGCAGGGCAAAGGCAGAGGGCCGCUCCUGCGAAUACAACGGGCGUAUUUAUCAAAAUGGGGAGAAUUUCCGCGCUGGUUGCAAGCACCAGUGCACCUGCAUCGAUGGAGCAGUGGGCUGUGUGCCCCUUUGCCCCAGCCAUGUGCCCCUGGCAUCCCCUUCCUGUCCUGCCCCACAGCUGGUCAAGGUGCCAGGCCAGUGCUGCCUCAGCAUCGACUGCCACAAGGGAACCACUGUCGUGCCCCCAGCGCACCGUCGUCCGCAACCUCCGGCUUACCCGCCUUACCCCUUCAUUCCCUACCCGGCCUACCCGUACCCCAAGCCCUAUCCAAAACCUUACCGGAAGCUGUACCCCUACAAACCCAAAAAGGAGAAGGACACCAUGGGCAACGAGCUGGUGGACCUGGGGCGCAAGUGGGACAAGCCACGUGGAAACAAGCACCUGGCGGCCUGGAGGCAGGUGGGAGAUCAGUGUGUGGUUCAGACUACUUCUUGGUCUCAGUGUUCGCGGAGCUGCGGGAUGGGCGUUUCCUCUCGUGUUACCAAUGACAAUGCCCGCUGUAAGCUGAUCAAGGAGACGCGCCUGUGCAACAUUCGGCCAUGCAGCUCCAUGUCUAUCCCUGUCAAGAGAGGAAGGAAGUGCUCUCGUACCCAUAAGGCCCCUGAGCCACACCGUCUGUCCUACGCUGGCUGCAGGAGCACUCGCCUGUACAGGCCCAACUACUGUGGUGUAUGCAAGGAUGGCCGUUGCUGCUCGCCUCGUCGCACACGUACUGCCAGCGUGACCUUUGCCUGCCCUGAUGGCGAACGCUUCAACAGGUCUGUGAUGUUCAUCCAGUCCUGCAAGUGCAGCGAUGAGUGCAACCAUCUGAACGAGGCCGCCAUGCCUCCACAGCGAUGGCUCUACGGAGACACACAUAAAUUCAUCGACUAGCGGUGUUAUCCCCCCAACCUACAUUCCUUCACAAAAAAAGACUUUAACUCCCCCCAUAGAAUAGAAUAGCUGUCCUUAGUGUAUCUUUGAGUAGACGCAAGAAAGGUGCACAGGUGCACACAUCAAAACAUCUUUUCUGGAAAAUUGGGAAUGGGGAGAAGAAGAAUAAAUCAGACGGGCGCAUCUCCAACUUGGAAACAGCAAAACGACCAGCCCCUGUUUUAGUGUAGAUUAAAAGUAGUUUCUGGCCUUGACAGAAAGUACUUCAGACUGUGACAAAAUCUUUGUGGAAACAUGGAUGCAAUCAGCUGCCAUGCACCAAAUGUCCUCUGAACUCUGAGUUUGUCUGACGUUUGUUGGGGACAAUAGAGCAAGAGCUGACACUUAUACAUAUAAUUGUUGGUGGUGUGGAUUCACAUCACAGAUAAUGAGCAACAGAUCAGACUAGCUAAAAGAAAGCUGGUCUGCCAGCGCUUUGGAGCCAAAUAUAAAACCAGCUGGAAUCCUAUGUCCAAAAUUUGAGAAUUGAUAAACCAAAUGAAGACUCGCAGAGAAGACUUAACAGGAAAGGCCGGGACAAUGAUGGCAAAAGAUGGAGGAGCAUCUCAGAUGUUCUGACGGAAGCGUGGCUUGUGUCUUUUUAUGGUAUUUAUUCACUGGUAUUUAUUGUUGAGACAGACAUGAUGACACGGCAGCCUGCCACCAAGGAAGGCAGUGCUGCUAUGUUUGGAGCAUCAGUGCAGCUGAACAGGGAUCUGAGAGGGACAAAACAGCUGAGAGCUGUCAGCCAUGAGAGGGAGAGGAGGACUCCCACAGAUCCGGGGCUUGACCCCGAGGGUCACAUCAGAGGUCACAGCGGUCAGAAAACCAUAUCUAAUGAUGGAUGAUGAAUGGUACAGGAGAAGAGGAGGUAUGUACUGGAAAAAGACGGAGUUCUACCUGAUGGCUUAAGGCUUUGUACGCAUUAGUGGGGAAUAUGUCAAAGGUUGUUUACACAACUGGACUCAUCCCCUGCCUUGCCUCUGCAAGAGACAGAGACAUUUAGCAAGUACCAGAAGAACAAGCCUAGGAUUCUGGCGUCAAGAAGUCGACCGCCUAAUUCUGUGCAAAUUACAAUCCUGACUCUGAGGGGCAGUGGGAGAAAAUCAGCAACUCUCUGGUUUGCUGUAAAAAUAAAAUUUGAAAACUGCGUGUACUGAGCUAAACAUGUAAUUUGUGACUAGCGGGUGGAACUGCUCUGGUGCCCGAUCUGGCCUGUAAUUGAGCAACAAGCCAACUCACUGAAACAAAACAAUAACUCACACGCCUUCGUGUUUAAGUGGUGUCCGUUUCUGAGAAAUGCUGUUGAAGGCUGUGCUGUCAGUUGACGUCACUGUCAGAGACAGAGAGGAGCUCUAUGGCCGUGCAGAGGACGGGGCCAGAGCUGCUAGACGUCAAUAAGAACCUCUGAAGACUCGACAGAGAGAGAGGGACUCUGUUUUAUUCUGUAAGUCUUGUAACUGAGACCCUUUUUUUUAAUGACUGAAAAACCCAAACAACUUCCUUAACUGGUGGUUGGGUUAAAGUUCACGCACCUUACAACAGCCCUGAUUCAUGACCUAAUCUUUUUUGGCCCAUCUUGAGCAACUGUAAUGCAGAGAGAUUCAGAGGUAAUUUCAGAAGUUUUACUGCAUACCUUUUCAAAUGGUGAUUCUAAAUCAUUUCAAGCAUUGUUUUUUUUUCUGUUGUGCCAUAAGAUAGUGGCUUAGACAUUUUUGCAGUUUUCUGUGAAACUGGAAGAAACAGUAUUUGCAUUUUCUACCAUCUCUUGGCUACAAUAGGCUUUCUUAGUUAAGAGACUGCUGCCUCUAAUACAACCUUGUUAUGGGGUUUUUAUCCUUACAGGUGAUUAAAAAAUGUGUUUGCCGUUGCUAUUUGCCUAUGUAGAUGCUGUGGUUUUGGUACUGUAUGUCUAGUUUUGUUAAAGGACACUAUAGAGCAGCUAUGUACAGAUGCAUUGUGUUACCUUCUUUGUAGUUCUAUCUGCUGUAUAAGGGCCAAUCCUUCUACGAAUUAUACUGAAGUAGUCCAUGUAUAGUUUAGCAUUGAAUGAAGCAGGGUUCAGAUCCUUUGAGCAUUAAGUGCCAAUUUAAAAGCAUGAUGAUUGUAUGUGUACUAGUGAACAUUAACACCAUCUGUAAUAAUGAAGUCAUGCUUUUUAAGAUUAUGUAUUAAAAAAAAAAACAACUCAAGAGGCAAAACACAAUUUACCACGUUCCUCACAAAUUUGUCUCUUCUGGUUAAUUUACAC